AUGCUAGCUUUAAUAAUACCCGUUUUCCCUGUGCAUGUCCCCUGCAAAUUUAAACUUGGAAACUACAAAAAACACAGGAAAAUUGUUACCAAUGUAGAGAUAUACUCUCUGCAAUCAUCUCGAAACCCAACUCCGAGAGGGUCCAGCUUCAACCAUACGAAUUUCUAUUCCAUGGUCGCUGGCGGUCAGAGCUCCAACUUCGGUUCCACGGACGUUUACGGGCUUGCGACAGUGUCAAGAGGACUGACGCCGAGACUGUCAUAUUACGAAGAAGAUGGGUCUUCGAACAACAACAAUAAGCCAAGGUUCCACUACCACGCUCCGGGGGGUGCGCAUGAUCCGGCUCCAAAUCUGGGCACGUUUUCGCCGACGGUGUCAAGAACUGGCAAUGGUGCGGCUAAUAAGAAGCCAAAUAGACAACUGGGUCAGUACAAAACAGAAGAGGGCAGUAGGAAUCAUCACAUGUUUGUUUGGAGUUCGAGCGCUUCCCCUAUUUUGGAUGUGUUUGGGGGCCAAGAUUUUGGAGUGAAGGGUAAUAGAGAAGAUGAAGAACAAUACAUGGAGAGAGAAGAUUUCAGCUUCGGAAACAGAGGGAUGGAGAGGAGAGAGAUGAACAAGCAGGAGGAUGGUGAUAAGAUGGGGAAAGCAAAAACCAUGCCUCCAACCAGUGUGAUGACCAAGCUUAUUCUGAUCAUGGUUCGAAGAAAGUUCAUCAGAAACCCCAACACUUAUUCAAGCUUAAUAGGCCUCGCUUGGUCUCUGGUUUCAUUCAGGUCAUCCUAA